CUCUCGCACAUAUCUUUGAUUCACGUAUCUCUCUCUAUGCGCGGUCCAUUCUUUUAUAGGUCUAUGGGUUCACUCUACGGCCGUCCAACCCGGACCGGUUUGCGGACAAAUGUGUAUUGGUGGGGUAGUGGGGAGACGAUCGGGGGGUGGUGUUGUCAUUUUAAUUUUUUUUAACCAGUAGAUACCGGUAUUUCAGCAGUCGAGUUUUUGUUGUGCAGGCUACAACGGUAGCGUCUGAUCGUCGGAGUCUGUCUUACACGACACACUAUUCGAAUAACACGUUUUGGUUUCCAUUUCUACAAAGUAUCUCCUUCAAUUUUAAGGCGGGUUAUGCUUGUGCCGUGUACACGAAAAAUGUUCAGCUAUGCCCAACAACAUGGUAAUGUGGGUAAUCGUGUGGUAACCUACCCUAAACAACCAAUCAUAGCAAAUGAUUUGUAUGCACGGAUGCGCUCGCCGGUCUUUUUAUAAUCUCCAUAUUCUAUCGGACUUCUUCAGCAAAGAGUUCAUUAUGGAACCAAUACCAACAAUUGCUAAUGAUUGCGAGAUGAAUUCAGAGGGUCCUUAUAUACGCAUUAUAACUAUAAAACAAGAGUAUAUAUACACGACAGUGCAAAAGGAUAGUCUAGAAAGCCAUCAUCCUGAAUUCAUGAGAAGUCUAACCUUGGACAAGAGAUCAAACUUUAAAUAUUAUAAAUGUGGUUUCUGUGAAAAAACAUUUUCAUAUCUUUCAAGUUGUGUAAUACAUACCAGAAUACACACCGGCGAAAAACCAUAUAUGUGUGGAAUUUGCUACAAAAAGUUUUCUCAUCAUUCAAAUUGUGUAACACAUAUAAGAAUACACACGGGGGAAAAACCGUAUAAUUGCAACAUCUGUAAACAAAACUUUUCUCAUAGCUCAAAUUUAAAAGCUCAUAAAAGAAAGCACACAGGAGAAAAGCCAUUUUUAUGUUAUAUCUGUGGUAAAGAAUACUCUUCAAGUGGUUAUUUAAAAAAACAUACAUUUAGACAUACUGAAGAAAGAAUAUAAGGACUAUAUUUAUUAAAAUU